GAUCUGGCCAGUCUCAUCAAAUCACUGCGUAUCGAUCAGCCGUUGGUAGACAACAUCACUCUUUUUAAAAGGCCUGGAGACUCCGUUCAGCUCUUUUGUCUUUCUCCCAUAUACGAUCCGAUUUUCCACCUUUCGAAAGAAUCGGAAAAUUCGUUCGUUAUACAGGGCGUUAGCCUCAACCCUGAGACCAAGGUCCUCCUCGAGAUGGCACUCGCGUUGGGUGCUCUUGAAGCAGUAUGGUUCAAAAAUGGCAUCCGCCUUGACAUACCACGGGCAUUUAAAUCUGACCAAUCCUAUUUUUUUGGCUCCGGUAACGAGGCUGUCAAUGACAUCUAUAAGAGUGAUGGGCGUGGUAGUAAUGCAAAAUUCGAGAAUGCCGAUGAAGAUGAGACCCAUUUUGGUGCUAAUAGGCUUUAUAGCGCCCCAAUACUCAAUUUGACUACGAUCGGAUCGCGGGAUGUCGGUCUUUACGAGUGCCAGAUCACCGCAAUCUUGGAUGGAAGUCUUUUUCAAUCUGAGUUUACUUCCUCCGCCUCCCCAUCCUUACAUUUUGAUGAGACAGGGCUUGAGCGAGGCCUUAUAUUCGUACGUCGAAUCUAUUUACGUCUGGUCCAAAAUCAGUCAAAACCGGAAUUAAUGCAUCAAAGCACAGCUCUGCGGGCGACAAUUAUCAAGACCAAGCCGCUGAUUAUCGAUAUCGCGACGGCGAAGAAUUCUCCAGGUUCGUUUUUCUUUACAUUUUUAUGUUGUUUCCGUCAACCGGUGUGCAUGCGUGAUUAUGCGUACGCUUCCGCAAUUAUCCUAUUUGUUUUUGGCUAA